UGAGCUUGGGACACUGAACCAUUUGACUACAUUUGGUGCCACCAUGACUUUAUUGGUCCUUUUCUGGAUGGUUGCCUUCAAUUUGCAGCUGACCAAUGCAGUCAGAAACUUUUCUUGUGCAACAAGAGUGGAGACUCGAGUGUGGGCUAAGGAAGGGGGCCAAGCUCUGCUUCCUUGUUACCUGAGUGCUCAGAAGCUGGAGAGCACCUGGAGGCAACUGUAUAAGGGAUUAUCAGUUCUUUGGGUACAGCAUGGAGGCAGGUCCCACAAAAAGCACCGCUUGGUUCUAAAGAUGGAGCCCAGUGGAAUCAAGAAAUGGUCCUAUUCCAUGAUGCAUCGAGUAGCCAUAUGGGAUGUUGGUUUUCUCUCAGGGAAUUUUUCACUCCAAAUUGACCCCUUGAUGAGUGAUGAUGCAGGAGUCUAUGAAGCGCUGGUGAAAUAUGGCAGCAAUCUUUGGUGCUGUCGGUUGGAGCUUGGUGUGGUGUCAGUGACUGCUGACACUCCUAGUCCUGUGGUUGAGUCUGAACCCACCAGGCUAACCUGUAAUUGCACACAUCCAGAAAAACCCACAAAGAUACGCUGGUUCCAUGCAGGUCUUCUCGUCCCCACCACUGGUCGGUUUAUCUCUGUGGACCAAUCUCUGUUUAUCUCCAGGUCGGUUGGGAGUGACUCUGGGCCCUGGGUCUGUGAACUCAUCUUUGCAGAUGGAGAGAGAAUUUCUGCCACAUACAACCUGCAAGUCAUAGGAUUUGCUGAGAAAACAGUUCAUGUAAUCUAUACAGCAGCAGGGUCUGAUGCUCAGCUGCCCUGCAUCCUGAAUUACAACCCCUUGGACUAUGGCAUUUCAAAUAUAUCUGUCUACUGGAACUACAUGGGAAAGAGAAAAGUGAAGGCCUUCAGCCAUGGAAAUGGCAGAGAUUUCACCCUCCAUCUCCCUGCUGCUGGCUCUGCUGAUGCAGGGCAGUACUUCUGUGAGAUCACCAUCCGAGGCACCACCAUUACUCAUAAUGUCACACUGGCAGUAAUGACAGUCCUAAGCAGUGAAGAGACAGCAGUCACAGAGGGAUCUUACUUGCUGCUCACCUGCAACCUCAGCUACCACACAGAACAUGAGCGUUUUCAGUGGCAGAAGUUGGGAUUCAAGCCCCCAAGCAAUGCCUCCAGGAGUGAAGAGGUCUUGAGACCCACCCUGGAGUUCUCUCCGGUGUCACUGAGUGAUGCAGGUACCUGGGAAUGCCAAGUCUAUGGCCCAGAGGGGAUGCUGGGAUCAGUGCAACAUCACCUGGCAAUUACAGCUGCCCAGGUCUCCAGUUCACAGCCUGUAACUUCUAAGAAGAUCAUUUCUGGACUGAUUGUUGGCCUCUUUGUUCUUGUUAUCUCUGCCUUGGUUUGGAUUCACAUAAGGCAUAGGGCCACCUCCUCCAACUUCCAAGCACUGGAUAUGAUGAUAGCUGCCACUUUGCCAGAAAAGGCAAUAAAGGACGGAGGCCAAGAAGAGAAAAUCCUGCCAAAGGAAAACUGAUGGGAAAGAGGCAAGAGUCCCACAUAUAUGACAGCUGCCAACGUUUGCUAGACAGGCUUACGAGGUGCAGAAUACUGUGGAUAUGGCCAGCUGCUUGAUGAGCCCAGGGUUCUCAGGUGGUUCCUCUCUGAGUAUGAGAAACAUCCGGAAGAGGAAAAGAUUCUCAGCUAUUCCUCCUCCUAAGAUUUCCCCCCCUAUUCUGAAUUGAUUCACGCUGGAUUUUUUUUAGGGCUACUGAUAAUAUCUCAUCAGCCAUAUCUUUAUCACCUGCUCUGAAGAUCUGUUUCUCUAUCUUAGGGGAUGCCAGAGAAGACUUGUUCUGUUGCCCUUUCUUUCACUCUUGGUGACCUCUAUCGAUUGAUAGGCAUGUAAUCGCUGUGGCUCAGAUGGCCAGAGCUGGAAUUGGGGGUCCAAUAGGUAGAAAAGAUUUAGAACUUGGGGAAGGGACUGAAGAAUUGGUCCAAGAACUUCACCUAAAUGCUCCAAAGACACCAGAUUUUUUUGUGAGGCUCACGUAUGGAGAUGGCAGACACUAUGUAUUGCAGUAUUUCUGCUUCACCUGCUUCCUUAAAUCAGUCUACCUGUAUGGUGGCAUUUCCUGCCCUGUUGGCAUAUUUAGAAAAAGGAGGCAAGGGUGCAUGGCUCUCCAGUGAUUUCUAGAGACGCUGGAAAUCCCAUGAUUGCAGAUCGUUUGCAACAUGCUCCCCAUUUUGCUUGUACUUCUUUUACAGAAUAAUAUUUUCACUGUAACAGUUAUACCAUAUUUAUGGAUAUAACUUUAUUGGAGAACACUUGUUUUUUAAGAAUGUUUCAUGUAUUAUUGAUGAUUAAAAAACCAACAACAACCUAUAAACAUAA